AUGGCUUCCUCUAAGGAUCGCGAGAACUUCGUCUACAUCGCCAAGCUCGCUGAGCAAGCUGAACGAUACGAAGAGAUGGUGGACUCGAUGAAGAAUGUUGCGAAUCUAGAUGUUGAACUGACUAUUGAAGAAAGGAAUUUGCUUUCUGUUGGUUAUAAGAACGUGAUUGGUGCUCGUCGAGCGUCGUGGAGGAUUUUGUCUUCCAUUGAGCAAAAGGAGGAGUCGAAGGGAAAUGAUGUAAAUGCGAAAAGGAUUAAGGAGUAUAGGCAUAAGGUUGAAACUGAGCUUUCGAACAUCUGUAUUGAUGUUAUGAGAGUGAUUGAUGAACACCUUAUACCUUCAGCUGCAGCUGGUGAAUCAACUGUGUUUUACUAUAAGAUGAAAGGAGAUUAUUAUCGCUACCUUGCAGAAUUUAAGACAGGCAAUGAGAAGAAGGAGGCCGGUGAUCAGUCAAUGAAAGCGUAUGAGUCUGCUACCACUGCAGCAGAGGCUGAAUUACCCCCCACUCAUCCCAUCCGAUUGGGUCUGGCUUUGAAUUUCUCAGUUUUCUAUUAUGAGAUCUUGAAUUCACCAGAAAGAGCCUGCCAUCUUGCAAAGCAGGCAUUUGAUGAAGCUAUUUCAGAGCUUGACACCUUGAAUGAGGAGUCCUACAAAGAUAGUACAUUGAUCAUGCAACUUCUCAGGGACAACCUGACUCUCUGGACUUCUGACAUCCCAGAAGAUGGAGAAGAUUCCCAGAAAGCGAAUGGCACUGCCAAGUUCGGUGGAGGUGAUGAUGCAGAGUGA